AUGACGUCGCUGCGCCGUGAUGACCCCAAUACCAUACCUAGCUCGUCGUCGUCAGAGAAUAGUCCCCUUGGUUGGGCGCGGCCAAAUGAGCGCCUCAUCGAUCUCCUCACUCGCCCGCGCGCGCACGGUGGCUACGGCGGCCGUCUCAGCUACGCGGGAUUUGCUACGUUAGCCACGUCCCUGGGGUGGAAUCAGGAGGAUAUAGACGACUGCUGGUACGACAUCGUGAUGGGUGAGCCGUGUGCCGAGGCAGUCGAUAUGGCACGCGUGGCUGAGUGUGUGUGCAGCUACUGCCUUGCCUCUCCACUUCCCAUGCUGGAACGUUGCACCACCGUUGAAUCGAUUCCGGCUGAGCCCGCAACACCACCUCGGCAGGUGUCGCUCUCCACAGACCGGAACACAACAGUGUUGCUUUCUCCUCCUACCCCGCCGUCCCGCAUGGCGGAAGCCGUUGCACUUGCCACCCUAGAGAAAGACAAGAAGGAGCGCGCAAGGACCGAAACAAAACCACCAAACCUACAAACUUCGUCGCAACGCAGGCGCUCAGUCUUGAACGCCUUCCCUCGAUACGCGGUGGAAACGGUGUCAAGUGAGCACAGGAAAACUUGCGUGUCGCCGUGCCACCCAUCUCACAAAGUCCAAAGCGAGCGAGCUGCAACACAUUCGCCACGACGCGCGUCGGCAGCCCCUGCGACGCCACGCACUUCCGGGGCUUCAGGUAGCACAGUGUUCUUGCGCUUGUACGAAAAAGGAAUGGAGCAGCACCAAAAGCGAACAUCUGCCAGACCGGCUGACGAGACCGCGGCCGAGUGCACCUUCCAGCCUCACAUCACCCCGUAUACAACGAAGCCUCCUGACACGAAGGACGUUCAGUACAAUAGGCCAACGAAGUCCUACUUCGCAAAGCUGACAGCGCAGGAAGCUCAGCAAGACCUCCUGCAUGCCACCCCAGAAACGCCGCGGGUGACGUACCAUCCUGCACCAGGUCCAUCAUCCAGCGUCCCAACAGGCUAUGUCGAAGGCGUAGCACGACUCCGAAGCUACAUCGCCUCUCGCUACACGCGCAGAAGUUUUGAGGGCAGUCUACGAGCAAGCACUUCAACCGACAUCGCGCGUCUGAUGGAGGCACCAAUACUGCGGCUACCAAUCACUGUCGGCGGUGUGACGGACUCUGUCGACGUGCGACUUGCCCCAUCCGACACACGUACCUCACUUGGGCAACGGCACAAUGAACGCAGGGAACAUCUAAGCUCUCGGCAGCCCACUGGAGUUCGUCACGCAUCGCUCCUGUCGCCAUCAAGGAUGCGAUUCGAGUACUAA